AUGGCGGCUUUCAACAAGCUCGUUGUUAAAAGUUAUCCAAGAAUUGCCAGUCGAGAAACAAGCGAUACAAAGUAUUGGAACAAAUAUAGUUUCCCAAUAACAGUCAAGGAAUCUUCUGCUAUCAGCUUUGUAAAUUUUAGUCAAACCCAGCCACAUGAUUUUGCAGUAACGACUUCAAACAAGGUUCAAAUCUACAGUUCGACUACAAAUGAAGUUAAAAAGACUCUCUCACGCUUCAAAGAACAAGCAUACAGUGGCUGUUUCCGACCUGAUGGAAAACUUCUAGUUGCUGGAACUGAAAAUGGCAUUGCAAAGGUAUUUGAUGCUAGUAGCAGAGUUGUUCUUCGGGAAUUUACUGGUCAUACACGAGCUGUGCAUAGCACAAGGUUUUCUCUUGAUGGUCUUCAAGUCCUUUCCACUUCAGACGACUGCAGUGUACGGCUCUGGGAUCUGUCGGGAGAGAAGGAAAUAUUCAAAGCGACAGAGCAUAAGGAUUAUGUUCGUACCUCGGAUGUAAGUUCAUCAAGCAACAAUAUCUGGCUGACAGGUUCGUAUGACCACACUGUGAAGAUGUGGGACAAUCGUAGCCCUGCCAGUGUUAUGACCAUUGAUCACGGACACCCUGUUGAGGAUAUCCUGGUUUUUCCAUCUGGUGGGCUGUGUGCCUCAGCAGGUCACAAUAUGAUAAAGAUAUGGGACAUCCUCGCUGGGGGGCGAUUAGUUGCGGCAUUUACUAAUCACCAGAAAACAAUAACGAGUCUUUGUUUUGAUGGUCAGUGCACUAGACUAUUAUCAGCAUCAUUAGACAGACAUGUUAAGAUUUACGACGUCAAAGAUUAUAAAGUGGUUCACAGUAUUCACUAUCCGUCACCAAUUCUAUCAGUCGGAAUCUCGUUAAAUGAUAAACAUAUUGUUGUGGGGAUGUCUGAUGGAUUACUGUCUAUUAAAUAUCGUACACCAAGUUCUGAGAAAGGAGAGUCAGCUGUAAGGUCGAUGCCUGCUCCCAGAGCAGGCUCGUAUCGAUAUUUCCUACGGGGCAAGAACCAGAAACCAGAACAGGAUGAUUUUGUUGUGACCAGCACCCGUAAACCAAAGCUUAGUGCUCAUGAUAAAUUUUUAAAAAACUUUGAAUAUACAAAUGCUUUGGAUUCAGUGCUUCAGGGUCGUCUUAAUCCUCCUGUGGUGAUCAGUUUAAUAAUGGAACUCAUUCGAAGACAAGGCCUACAGAUCGCCCUCUCUGGACGAGACGAGGACACUCUUUUGCCAAUUUUAAGCUUCUUGAACAAACAUAUCUGCAAUCCUCGUUAUACACCAACGCUGAUCGACGUCACAAAUACGAUACUGGAUAUCUAUGGACCAGUCCUGGGUCAAUCGCCAAAGUUGGACGACAUGCUGGCCAAGUUAAAGAUGAAGAUUGCGUCCGAACUAAAUUACCAGAAACAGGCAUUUGAACUAAUGGGUUCUUUAGACACGAUAUUUGCGGUGGCUGCUUCAAACCGCGAGGAACCGUUAUUUCACAAUGGUCCAUCAUAGCGCUCAAUGCACCCUUUUGUAUAUAAAUCAUCGAAAAGGGCCCGUUUGUACGAAGGCUAGAUAGCUUGUUAACUGCAUGGUGAUUUUCCAAGAAUGUUUAAAAAGCAAUGCUACAAACCAGGUACAUAAAACCAAACUACGGGAAUUUUCUUUGCGAUUUUAAAAGCCACUAUGCGUUUGAAAGCGCUAUCCAGCUUUCGUACAAGCAGUCUUAGAGAUUGUGGUUAACUACUGCCAGUUUUUAGACAGCCUCGAGCAAAGCUGCAAUAAAUAUAUCAAAUUUCUAGUCCUAA